GGGGACAGUCGGGGUGGCGCGCAAUUCGGAAAAAGAGAGGAACCGUCAACCGGGACGUGCGCGGGGUUGUUCGACUCUCCCGAAUGAACGGCAAUAUGAGUCAAAGAAGCAAUAUACCGUCCCCAUAUUUGAGUUAUCGUGUGCUUAGAGGUUCGGUGAGUUGGCCGCUUUGGCUGCGCUCACGGAGAGCGAAACCGAUGCGAGUGGAAUUAGUCAACUUCUGGUACCAUACCAGAGCGCAUCGUUCAUUCGCACGCAGGACGAUUGAGAGCCGGUUCAAUAUUUUCAAAUACACAAUAACACCUUUUUUUUGUUACGGAUCGUGCCACACAGAAAACGUUCUUGUAGUCCAAUCGGAACGGACAUAAUCCAUUACCGAUUGAUUACCAAUUAGUCGAUCCAAUUGCUGAUCCUAAGGCUCUCGGACAGCUAUUUUGAGAAUUUAACUGAGAUUUUUCUUUUGAUUUUAUUAAAUAAACAUUUCUCCUUCGUCCAAAAUUUAAAAAAAAUAAAAGAGACAAAUUGCAAUUCUGUGUUUGUGUUGCUACUGUGGUUAGUGAUGAUAGGACCACUUGAGACCAAAUUUGUGAAACUUUCUCAGUGAUUUUCUUCAGUGCUACAAACUCUUAAGAAUUCACUUGGGCUCAAGAAGUGAUUUAAAUGCAAUUUCUGACAACUAAAUUUCCGUCGUCAGUUGCUUGAGAUAACCAAGUCCCAAACUAGAACUGGACCUGAUCCUUGAGAAUCUUGAGAACAAUUUGUGCAGUGAAAGGUGAAGAAGUGUUGGACAGUUAAAAUUUAAUUCUCAUUAUCAAGAUGAUAUCCUGGCAUAAGGAAGAGACUCCGGGUUCGUGGACCUCGCAGAAUCCCAAGACGUCUGCAAGUGUCAUCAGAGACUGAACCCUUCCGAACUCAUCUUCCCACUAGGCUACAAGUGUUCAUAAGUGGCAAAGGAGUUCGUUUUUCCUUUCAAAAUCUCAGUGACAGUGAUUUAAAAUUCGACAAGUGCAUUUGUUUAUUUUGUUAAGAUUUUCCUGUGUUUUCGUGUCUGGGGGGCCUAGCCAAAAGUGAUAGAGAGGUUUUAUUUAAAAGUUUUGUGAAUACCCCCAGAGACUUCAAAAUCCUAAACUCAUUACCAAGUGCGUGUGCUGCAAUCACGGCCUAUUUAACGAAUUGCCCCUCUUCGGAGGGUUUCAGCGGGCUCCAGAGCUUGCAGGGGUUGGUUGGCUUGGAGGGUGGCACCUCCAGACAACAGGCCCGAAUGCAGCCAACGCUGCCCCAGAGCACCGGGGCCGCCGACAUGGACUUACCAUCUGUCCAAUCAGUGGAGUGGUUAUUUAAAAAGGAACGCAUGUAUUUGCUGGCACAAUUUUGGCAACAGAGAGCAACACUAGCCGAAAAAGAAGUGAAUACCCUGAAGGAGCAAUUGUCAUCGUCUUCGCCAAAUAAGGCGAUCACACAGAACGGCGGGAUCACGGGAUCCUGCCAGCAACCGCCACAGUCUCAGAGUCCGACCCUGUCGGAAAGUGGGAGUGUAACUAACUUAAGUAGUAAAUUGAACGUAAAGUCAGAAGUUCAGCUGACCGGGGAGGUGAAGAUGGAGCCAAGUGGUGAUCAACCGAGCAGUCGUACGACCCCCGGACCAUGUGAUAAGCCGGAUGGUCAGCAACCGGCGACACCAUCGGCAAAUCUUCCUGCAUCCACAGACAGCAAUCACAGCACCACCAGUGGCAGCGGAAGAACACUCGCCGAAGACUUGGCCGCCAAAGACAAAGAGAUUGCCGCCUUAGUGGAGGAAGUAGCUCGAUUACGAAGUGCAAUUGCCGCCCUCCAGGACUCUCAUGCCGCCCAAAUCCAGAGACUGGAGGAUCGAUUGGAGCAGAAAAGACAGCAAAUCACCCGCCUCGAGGCAAGACUCGACAAACAGUCCGACUACGAGGACGUCAAGAAGGAGAACAGUCUUCUGAGAUCUGUUGACUUAUCCACAUCGGACUCUAAACAAUUCCAAGAAUUACUCCAGGAGAGGACCAAAGCUCUUGCUGUGCAUUCGGAAGCCCUCAAAUCAUCCAGUGCAGAUGGAUCCGCAUCCGGCGUAGCCACUCCAUUCAGUCACAACAGCCUGCAGCCCGGUGCGAAAUUCCCAUCGUCGUCCUCUUCCUCCUCCCCCUGCACGCCGGCUCACACGCCAACGUCCACACCAAUAUCCCUACCGGCGUCACAUCCCACACCGCCGGCCGCCGGUAAACUGAGCGCCAACGGCGCCCCGCCAAACCCACUCUUGCCACCACCAUUCGCCAACGUGGAGACAUUCGGCUCAUUCCUCGGUGAAGAAAUUGUCAGUAACUGGCGCCGCGGCCUCGAACUGCCGCCGCCACCGCCACAUCACGCCCUGGCGGCACUGAGACCCUCAAUGCUAGCGCCCAUGAACCACACGAGUCGUUCUCCCUCCACAGAUGCCCACCAGUUGAGUCACGAGGACAAAUCCAGUGCGGCACGUGAUCACGACGCCUCGUCCACGGCCAGUAGUACACCAGUGCUGGCCGGUUCUGAGGAAGGCAUCAACGGCUCAGCGCCGCAUGCCAAGAGCCCCGCCGAGGACAACAACAACACCCUCGCACCGCUAACACACACCCACCCCAUGCUCCAGGGGCUGCCAUUUCAAUUCCAGGAGCGUGGUCACUUCCGCUUCGCCGAGGACCUCCAACUGCCACCCGGCUCAAUGGUGGGCCGCCUCGGUGACUCACUCAUCCCCAAGGGUGAUCCCAUGGAGGCCAAGUUGCAGGAGAUGCUGCGCUACAACAUGGACAAGUAUGCCAAUCAAAAUCUCGACACACUCCACAUCUCCAGGCGCGUGAGGGAACUCCUGUCCGUGCACAACAUCGGCCAGCGGCUAUUUGCCAAGUACGUCCUGGGUCUGUCACAGGGUACCGUGUCUGAAUUGCUGUCGAAACCCAAACCCUGGGACAAACUCACGGAGAAGGGACGCGACAGCUACCGCAAGAUGCAUGCCUGGGGAUGCGACGAUAACGCCGUGCUCCUGCUCAAGUCACUCAUCCCGAAAAAAGGAAAAGAUUCCGCCAUGCCACCAUACGGUCGUCCAGAGGACAGCAUGACGGACGAAAGGAUAGCGCAUAUCCUCAGCGAAGCAUCCAACCUGAUGAAGACUCCAGGUCCGGGUCAACAACCACCAAUGAAUCAGCAUCCAUCGGCCGGACAUCAGGAGGACACUCACAGCAAUGAGGACAGUAAAUCACCGCACAAUCAGUGCACAUCACCCUUCUCCAAGGAUUCAUCUCAGAAUCGUCGACUAAAGAAGUAUGAAAACGAUGACAUCCCACAAGAGAAGGUUGCCAGAAUCUAUCAAGAGGAGCUAUCCAAGCUCAUGAAAGUCGGUCCACGGGAUGGUUUCUCCAGUUUUCUUUUCCCACACUUUUUCAGUGGCGGCAUGCCACCAAUGAAUCAGAUCCAGGACGAAAGUCUCAGGAUGACUUUCGAAGCAUACCAGCGAGAACUGGUGAAGCUGCAACAGAGUGGAGCGAAUUUGCCCAACUUCCCAAAUAUUCCCAACCUUCCGAGUUUGCUGGCUCUGCAACAGCAUGCCCUCAAUGGUGCCCAGGAUCUGAGUCUGCCAAAGGAGAAGCAGAUGAAGAUGAAUGGGCAGCAGGCAUCUGAAGCUGGAGGUGACAAAGAUUCCGACGAUGUCCGUCACUCGGGCAGUGCAUUUAGUUUGGUGCGACCAAAGCAGGAGUCCGCAUCGACACCAACCACCACCGCCUCAUCAGCCCCCAGUCCACUGGGUAACUCCAUCCUGCCACCUGCCAUCACGCCCACUGAGGACUUUUCCGCUGCUGCCAGUCCCCUGCAGCGCAUGGCCUCCAUCACCAACAGCCUCAUCACCCAACCACCCGUCACACCCCAUCACAGCACACCCCAGAGGCCCCUGAAGGCCGUCCUGCCGCCCAUCACGCAGCAACAGUUCGAUAUGUUCAACAACCUCAACACCGAGGAUAUUGUGCGUCGUGUGAAGGAAGCCCUCUCGCAGUACUCCAUCAGCCAGCGCCUUUUCGGGGAGUCUGUACUGGGACUAUCCCAGGGCAGUGUCAGUGACCUCCUGGCACGCCCCAAACCCUGGCAUAUGCUCACCCAAAAGGGUCGGGAACCCUUCAUUCGCAUGAAGAUGUUCCUGGAGGAUGAGAAUGCUGUACACAAACUCGUGGCCAGUCAGUACAAGAUUGCACCUGAGAAGCUCAUGCGUACUGGAAGUUACAGUGGUUCCCCACAAAUGCCACCAGCUCUGGCUGGUGGAAAAAUGCCACCUAUGCCGAAAUUGCUCAAUGAGCAGAUCACCAAGAUGCAACAGGAUCAGCAUCAUCUCAUGCAGCAGAUGCAGCAGCAAUCUCCGCUACAGCAAGCUGCCCAACAACAACCACCUACAUCGACACCCCAGGGGAUGCUUCUGACUCCACCUGGCCUCCCGCCGCAUCAUGCCAUCCCUCUGGCCCAGGCAGCUGCCCAAGCAGCUGCUGCAGCCGCAGCAGCUCAGGAGAAGAAGCAAAUGCCGAUGCCUGUUCACUCGCCACAGCAAAACAACGCCAUGCGAGGAAUGCAUCAACAUAUGUCCCCCACAGUCUACGAAAUGGCUGCACUAACUCAAGACCUUGACACCCAGGUCAUCACUACCAAAAUCAAAGAAGCGCUACUUGCCAACAACAUUGGACAAAAGAUCUUCGGCGAAGCUGUUUUGGGCCUAUCGCAGGGAUCCGUAUCCGAGUUGCUGUCGAAGCCCAAGCCAUGGCAUAUGCUGAGCAUCAAGGGCAGAGAACCCUUCAUCCGGAUGCAACUGUGGCUGUCUGAUGCCAACAACGUUGAUCGGCUGCAGGCUCUUAAGAAUGAGCGUCGUGAGGCCAACAAACGACGACGCUCCACAGGUCCUGGAGCUCAGGAUAACAGCUCAGACACCAGCAGCAAUGAUACUUCAGAAUUCUACCACUCAAACUCACCCGGACCCGGAUCCGUGGGAUCCGUGGGUGCUCCACCGAGCAAGAAGCAGCGUGUGCUGUUCUCCGAAGAGCAAAAAGAAGCCCUAAGAUUGGCUUUUGCUCUCGAUCCCUAUCCAAAUGUCGCCACCAUUGAAUUCCUAGCCACUGAGCUGGGCUUGUCAACACGAACCAUCACCAAUUGGUUCCACAACCACCGAAUGCGUCUCAAGCAGCAGGUACCUCAUGGAGCUCCAAGUGAACCUCCGGUACCUCCCCGGGAAAGCCAAUCUGGAGCACCUUUCGAUCCUGUUCACUUCCGCAUCCUCCUGAAUCAGCGUCUGAUGGAAUUGCAGAAGGAACGAAUGGGUCUCAGUGGAGUUCCACUUCAGUACACACCCUACUUUGCCACAAAUCCCAAUCUAGCUGCCCUGAUCAGUCGGGGAUUGCUGCCUGGAGCUGCAGAUGCUGACCUCAGUGCUCUCAAUACUGCUUUCAAGGAGCAGAUGAGUGGACUGGAUCUGUCACUGAAACGUGAGGGCGAUGAUGACUUUGAUGAUGUUGAUGGAGAAGCUGAUAGUCAUGUGUCCGAUGCUGAUUCCAUCGAUGAAGCUAAGUCAGAGACCAAAGAGACUCCCGUGGCUAUUCAAGCUUCAAGCGCACGGUCAUCCCGGCGAAAACCUGCUGCUCCUCAGUGGGUGAAUCCCGACUGGCAGGAUGACAAGAAGCCACCAACAGCUGCAGGAACCACCCGCGAGGAGGAAGUCAUCAUCAAUGGGGUUUGUGUGAUGCAACAAGCAGCUGACUACAGUCGUACGGCCGGCGAAGAAACCGUCCGAAUUGAGCCACAGGCCGUAGCUGAACGCUUCGAGGAGGGAGACGAUGAAGAGGCUGAAGCUGAGGCUGAGGAUGAGGCACGAGCGAGUCCAGCUGUCUCCGAAAAAGCUCCUUCAGAACAUCCACCUGCCGCAUCUCCAGACUCCACCGAUGACACGGACAAUGGACCAGCUGAGGCUCUGGUAAAGUCCGAAGAUGCAUCGCCAAUCAAGAAGGAAAUUGAUGAAGACGGUGAUCACUGGGAGUACUAAAAAUCAAUGGUGUUUUUUGUGUGAGUAGAACAACGAUUUAUCAUUUUUCCUCACUUUUCUCCCAAUUCACGAGAAAAUUCUGUGCAAUUCAUUUUGAGGGAUAGAACUUUUUGAAUGUUGAAAGUUGAAAAUGAUGAUGUGAGACUCAUACCUGGUGGGUAAAUUGCAAUAGGCUCGUUGGAUAAUAAUUUUUUUCUAGGUUUUUUAUUAGAUUCGGCUCGAAGGACCAAAAAUGGUUCUUUUGUUUUAUAAAAUCUAGCAAAUCUCCCCAGCUCAGUGACCAAAAUGGGGGAAACUCUCCUCAGAAUCUUGCUAGAUAAACUAAUAAGAAAAACUCAGAUCAAUGACAGUUUAUUUGAUAUUUUUCACUUAAUUUUCCACUAAAGUAAUCAAUUUUAUACAAGAUUUUAAUUGUUUUCACUUAUCUGACUUCUGACAAAGGAGAAUUUCGAGUGAGGUUAGAGAGAACAAAAUGACAAGUGAUCGACAUGAAGUUAUCCGAUCAUAUGACAUUCAAAGUUAAAGCCAUGCUGUCACUGUCACUUUACCUUUGAAAGGUUUCCUUUAGGGGAGAGUGGAGCAGGAUAAAUACCAUAAUGCUGUCAUUUUCCUUUAGCAAAUGAUUUGAGCAUCUGAUUGAGCAUCUCAGCUCAUUGUUUCCCAUUUUUAUCAGUCAAAGCAUUUUAUCCCUUAACCUUAAAAAAAUUAAUCCGAAUCAUUCGGAUGAGAGAAUCCCAAAAAAAAACUAUGGAAGUUUUGUGACUUUUCCAUUGAAUCUGGAAGAAGACAGAAAUCCCAAUCAUCUUCAUAGAUUUAAAAGAAUUAAAAAGAAAAGUAAUUCUAUUGUGAUUGAUUUAAAAAAAAAAAGGAAGAAGAAAAGCAUACGCCUAACGAAUUAAGAGUUUUUUAGCUGCAAAGUUCUUUGUUGAAAUAUUUUUUUUCAUUAUGUUUCUCAAAACUUUUAAAAUGCAAAAACAUUUUUUUUUAAUGUGUAAGCCCAAACGUAAGCAUGAAUAGACGAUGAGAUAAUGAUAAUGAAUAAGACUGUUACCAUAUUUUUUCAAGAAGAGAUAAAAUACAAAAAGAAAUACUGUACAUUUUAUUACAAAGUAUAAAUACACGCAAGAUUUUCACGAGAAACUCUGUUUCCACCAAUUUGCAAGAAUAUUUAUCGCCUCAUUGAACACUUUUAACUUUAUUAGGAAUUAAUAAAAAAAAGGUUCAAUAUUUUAUUCUUCACAAAAACUCUUUUUCGUGUAUUUUCUUUUACAAAUUAACCUCCCAUUCCAUUUAUUGAAAUGACUAGAUAUUAGGUUUUUUUGACAGCACGUCAAAGAUCUUUAAUUUUAGUGAUUGAGCGGGGAAGAAGAAGAAGAAAAACAAUGAGAUGAAAUUUCAAUCAAAAUAAAAUCAAGUGUAAAUGAUAACAAAAUAAGUGUUAAGAUGAAAAUAAAAGAAAAAAAUUAAAAUUUAAACAUAUUGCCAAAAUAGCUGGAACAAGUAUAAAAAGGAAAAAAAAUUAGAAAACUCCUUUUAGAAAAAAAGGAGAAAGAGAAUAAACAAAGAAAUGAGAAGGAAAUCAGCAGAAAAAAUGCAUUAAGAUAGAAAAUAAUUUCUUGUAGAAUAGAUAUUGCAAAUUAUGAGAAAAAUAAGAAAAAAAACACUGAAAAAGAUACCAAAAAAUUAUGUAGCUGUAAAAAAAUAUAAUUUAAAAAUGAAAAUAAAUAGUUAAAAGAACAAUUUCCUCCACCUUUCAUCAUUGCUGAAGAAUAAAGAUCUAAAGUAAAAGAGAAAAAUUUAGAAAUGAAGAAGUAAAUCUUAAAAAAAAUCAAAAUAAUAUUUAAAAUAUUAUUUAGAUCUCAAAUAUUAUAACCAAAUAAUGAAAAAGAAAACAUGAGUAGUAGAGGGAAAAGUAUAAGAUGGUAUAAGAAAUUCAAAUGUAGAGCAAACAGAUUGAAUUAAAUAAAAUUAAUCAAACAAAAAAAGUAGUUUGUAAGUGUAUAAAAAAAAACGUGCUAGCGAUUUGUGAAGGAGCAUCAUUAGUUGAACAUAGAGAAAAUAUGGAAAAAAAAACUCAUAAAAAUUAUCUAGAAAAGAAAAUCUUUAAUGUAGUAUAAUCUGAAAAUAAAAGAAAAAUUACUUAUUCGAAAAAGAAAGUCAAAGUGAAGCAAGAAUGGAGAAUCAACAGAAACAACCCCCACGCAUAUCGAAAAACCUUUUAAAAAUUUUAUUGAAAAAAAGAAAAAAAAACAUUUAAAAAGAGAUAUUUCAAGGUGGAGCAAGAAAAAAAUUAAAAAUUAUACAUUUAAAAGAUGGUAAUUUUAAAGUUAUUGAGAAAAAAAGAUAAAAAGAAAUCCAGUAAAACCCAAUUCUUAUAUUAGAUAUUAGUUAAUACUGAAGUUAGUCAUUAUUCAGAUUUGAAAAAAAACACAGAUAUUUGUAUUAAUACCUUUUAGAAAAUUAAAUAAAAAACAGAAAAAAUCCAAAAUUCAGAGAAAUCAACUCAAAAUUCCACCCAUAAAAAUUUUCUUUAGAAGAAAAAACAAUGAAUUUAUUAAAAAAAAAGGUAAAAUAAAGAAUAAAAUCUACUAAUUUAUCCAAUUGCUAAAGGAAUGAUUUUGAAAAAUAAAAUCACGCUAAAGUCAUUUAAAAGAUUACAUAAAUAAAUGAAGAAAGGAACCGAAAUCCUUGCAUUAAGAUGAGCAAAAAAAAGCUACUAAAAUAGAUUGAUGAGAUGAAAUAAAUUUAAAAAAAAAAAAAAACAAGAAAUAGUGUAAUAAAAUAUAUCGAAAAAAGUAAAAGUUAAAGUUGAUGAGAAAGACGAUAGAAAACUGCGAUAGGACUUGGCAUGGAAAUUUCUACAGCAGCCACAAGAGUUUUUUCUUUACGCGUAAUUAAUUGUUUCAACUUUAUUUCAAAUUCCUCAGCAAUUUAUUUAAAAAAAUUUCUAUUCAUUGUUAUUUGUAAUUGUUGCAAUUUUAUUUUUUUUUUACAAUUUAUUUUCCGUGUAAACUUUUUUGAAAUUGUCAAACAAACAAAAGAGGAUGUGUUAAAAAAUUCUUAUUAAAUAAAUUUCUCUGUUUUAAUUUUUGAUAAAUCACAGCGGAAAAUACGUAAAAAAAAGAGAUAGAAGUAUUUUGGAAAAAUAAAAAAAAAUCAGCAGAAGAAAUUUAUUCAAAAUGUAAAAUAGAAUUUAGAAAAAAAAGAUACGCAUGUAAAAUGCUCAUUUAUAGAGCAAAAAAUAAGUAAAACGUGAAAAAACUUGUAAAUUUUCAUCAUUGAUUUAUCCAAAAUAAAAGAAAAAUCAAUUUUAUUAUGCAAUAAGUGGCUUUAUAAAGCCCCUUUUCUUCCUCUUUCAUUUUAACUUAAUAAUUUCCCCGUAGUUUUCCCAUGAAAACACAAAAAAAUGCUAAAGAAGAAGAGAGAAAAAACAAUGAAAUUUUCAUUAUUAGAUUUAUCGUAUUUUAGAAUAAAAUGUUAUUUACUUUGCAAAGAAGAGAAAGAAAAAACUGAGAAAAAAAAUAUUAAAAAAUAAAUCAUUGCGUACUUUUUAAUUUUACUGAAGUGAAAGGUAAAAGAAUAAAAAAAAAACAUGAAAUAUAAAUAAAAUUAAUUAUAAACAAAGUAUAAAUACUAUUAAUAACAAAUUAAGUGAUGAAAGUGUAAAUAUUUAUUAUCAUAUCAUAUGAAAUAAUUAAAAUUAAAUUUAAAAAUUUGAAGAAAUACAUAUUACCGUCUUCAUUAAGAUUUCUAAACUUAAAUAAAAUUAACUGUAUGAGAAAUAA